AUGGUCGGAAUCAAGCGCGCCUCUGUCUCCGCAGCUCUGCUGCUCUCCAUCGCCGAACGCACCAUGGCCAACCCCGUGGACAUCGAGGAGCUCAUGCUCCGUGAUAUCGAUGACGGUGAGAUGCUCGAGACCCGCGAGCUCGCCUCGGACCUGGACCACCUCCUCUUCCAGCUGCGCGACCUCGAGAUCCGCAACGGCGUCGAGCACGACGACCCGACCAUGAGCACCCGCGGCUGGGUCCGAUCAGUCUUCGGCGACGGCCUCGAGGAGCGUGAGAUCGACACCAUUGUCGACACCAUGGUCCACCUCCGCGACCUCGAGAGCCGCCAGAGCAGCCCCGUCCUGUCUUCCGAGAACUGGGCCCGUGACUACGUUGAGGACCUUGAGGCCCGCGACUUUGACGACUUUGAGGAGCGUGACCUUGAGGAUCUCGAGGAGCGUGACUUUUACUUUGAGGACAUGGAGGAGCGCGACUACGAUGAUGAGCUCGAGGAGCGUGACUUCUACUUCGAUGACUUGGAGGAGCGCGACUACGACGAGGAGCUCGAGGAGCGUGACUUCGAGGAAGAACUUGAAGAGCGUGACUUCGAGGAGGAACUCGAGGAGCGCGAUGAGGAAAUCGAAGAGCGCGAUGAACAGAUCGAGGAGCGUGAGGAGCAGGUCGAAGAGCGAGACGCCGAGCAAGUCGAGGAGAGAGAUACCGACAAGGUCGAGGAGCGAGACGCCGAGACCGUCGAAGAGCGCGCCGAGGAGAAGGCGGAGGAGAACAUCGCCAAGCGAUCCUGCACCGUCAUGUAA